UCUCCAACGAGGUGCCCGAGCACCCGUGCGUGUCCCCCGUGUCCAAUCACGUGUACGAGCGGCGGCUCAUCGAGAAGUACAUCGCCGAGAAUGGCACGGACCCCAUCAACAACCAGCCGCUCUCCGAGGAGCAGCUCAUUGACAUCAAAGUUGCCCACCCGAUUCGGCCCAAGCCCCCCUCGGCCACCAGCAUCCCAGCCAUCCUGAAAGCCCUGCAGGAUGAGUGGGACGCCGUGAUGCUGCACAGCUUCACCCUGCGCCAGCAGCUGCAGACCACCCGCCAGGAGCUGUCCCAUGCCCUGUACCAGCACGAUGCCGCCUGCCGCGUCAUUGCCCGGCUCACCAAGGAGGUCACUGCUGCCCGAGAAGCUCUGGCGACCCUGAAGCCCCAGGCUGGCCUCAUCGUGCCUCAGGCCGUGCCCAGCUCGCAGCCCAGUGUCGUGGGUGCAGGCGAGCCUAUGGAUCUGGGUGAGCUGGUGGGAAUGACUCCGGAGAUCAUCCAGAAGCUGCAAGACAAGGCCACGGUGCUGACUACAGAGCGGAAGAAGAGAGGAAAGACAGUGCCCGAGGAGCUGGUGAAGCCGGAAGAGCUCAGCAAGUACCGGCAGGUGGCAUCGCACGUGGGGCUGCACAGCGCCAGCAUCCCUGGGAUCCUCGCCCUGGACCUCUGCCCCUCCGACACCAACAAGAUCCUCACCGGUGGGGCGGAUAAGAACGUGGUCGUCUUCGAUAAGAGCUCCGAGCAAAUCCUGGCCACCCUCAAAGGCCACACCAAGAAGGUCACCAGUGUGGUGUUCCACCCAUCCCAGGAGCUGGUGUUCUCAGCCUCCCCAGAUGCCACCAUUCGGAUCUGGUCGGUCCCCAACACCUCUUGCGUCCAGGUGGUGCGGGCCCACGAGAGCGCCGUUACUGGCCUGAGCCUCCACGCCACCGGCGACUACCUCCUGAGCUCCUCCGACGACCAGUACUGGGCGUUCUCGGACAUCCAGACGGGCCGCGUGCUCACCAAGGUGACGGACGAGACCUCCGGCUGCUCUCUCACCUGCGCACAGUUCCACCCUGACGGGCUCAUCUUUGGAACAGGAACCAUGGACUCCCAGAUCAAGAUCUGGGACUUGAAGGAGCGCACCAACGUGGCUAACUUCCCCGGCCACUCGGGCCCCAUCACCAGCAUCGCCUUCUCCGAGAAUGGCUACUACCUGGCCACAGCGGCUGACGACUCCUCCGUGAAGCUCUGGGACCUGCGCAAGCUGAAGAACUUCAAGACGCUGCAGCUGGACAACAACUUUGAGGUGAAGUCCUUGAUCUUCGACCAGAGCGGCACUUACCUGGCACUAGGGGGCACAGAUGUGCAGAUCUACAUCUGCAAGCAGUGGACGGAGAUCCUGCACUUCACAGAGCACAGUGGCCUGACCACGGGCGUGGCCUUUGGGCACCACGCCAAGUUCCUGGCAUCCACGGGCAUGGACCGCAGCCUCAAGUUCUACAGCCUGUAGCGGCGCCGCCAGGCUGGGCGGCUCAACAGCGGGGUAGUUGGGGUGGGGCGGGCGGCAGGGGCAGCGCGGGUGGGACGCUCACUGUGUCUUUUCACUCUGGGCCGGGGGGCCCUUGGCAGCGUGGGCCACUCCCAUCCACAAGGCCCCAGUUCGCGGGGUCAGGUCCUGCAGCCCCGGGGGGAGAGUCCUGCAGGUUUUGUAAGCAGUGAUUUAGUUUCAUUAAAAAAAGAAAACGCA